GGCGCACGGUGACGUAGGCGACACGAAAAAAAACGAUAACUAGUUAAGAAGGCAGUUUGGAAGUCUGCAAAAAGAGUGCAGAGCUUGAGACGCGUGCGUUUGGACGGCCCAAAAAAAAAAAAAAAAAAAAAGAGAGAGAGAGAGAGAGAAAAAGAAAAGACCGGUGCCCAGACACCAGAGAAGGGGGAAACACACUGAGAGAGUGUGUGUUGAGAGACGUUGGGGUGGCACCAUGGUGCAACACACCGACAACAGCGAGACGGACGGGAGCAUGUCGCGGGAGGCGACCGAUUCGGAGGAGAGUGAAUUUAUGGCGUGCAGCCCGGUGGCCAUCAACCCGGACUGGUGCAAAACCGCCACGGGCCACAUCAAGAGACCCAUGAACGCCUUCAUGGUCUGGUCCAAGAUCGAGCGGAGAAAGAUCAUGGAGCAGUCGCCGGACAUGCACAACGCCGAGAUCUCCAAGCGGCUCGGCAAGCGGUGGAAGAUGCUGAAGGACAGCGAGAAGAUUCCCUUCAUACGGGAGGCGGAGCGGCUUCGGCUCAAGCACAUGGCCGACUACCCCGACUACAAGUACAGACCCAAGAAGAAACCAAAGCUCGACAGCUCAAAGUCGUCGUCGGCGCCGUCGCCGGAGAAGUGCGGCAAAAUCGCAAAGACCCCCAGCAAGAAGUGCAGCAAGAUCAAGAGCAAGAGUGGCCCCAAGUCCUCGCACGGCUACGCGGACGAGUGCGGCGCCGUGUUCCCGGCAUUCAAGGCGGCCAAAGUCAUCAAGAGCGAGCCGGUGAGCGACGACGAGGAGGACGACGAAGACUUUGAGGAGGACUACCAUAUGCACCACCACAUGCGACGCCACCACCGGGUCGCGGGGAUUAAGGAGGAGCGCCUGAGGCCCUACAAUGUCGCCAAAGUGCCCGCCAGCCCCACGCUGAGCUCCUCGGCCGAGUCCGAGGGGGCCAGCAUGUACGAGGAGCUGCGCGGCUCCGCCGCAGCCGCCGCUGCUGCUGCCGCCGCCGCCGCCACAACCAACAGACUCUUUUACAACAUCAAGAACAUUUCCAAGCAGAGCGCGUUGCACGCUGCUUCCGUCUCACCAGCAUCCUCCAGGUCGGUCUCCACAUCCUCCUCCUCCUCAUCCAGCUGCUCCUCUUCCGAGGACGCGGACGAUUUGCUGUUUGACUUCAGUUUGAAUUUCGCCCCCAGCGCCUCUGCUUCGGAGCUGGGCAACCCCAAUUCAGGGAACCUGUCCUUGUCCCUUGUGGAUAAAGACCUGGACUCGUUCAGCGAGGGCAGCCUGGGUUCUCACUUUGAGUUCCCAGACUAUUGCACGCCUGAACUCAGUGAGAUGAUCGCGGGGGACUGGCUGGAGGCCAACUUUUCCGACCUGGUCUUUACAUACUGAUCGAGAAAGUAAUCAUACGGAGGGGAGAAUUCAGUGAUAUGUUUGUCCUUAUCAAGUUGUCCCUAAAGACCUUGCCUCCCUCUUGGUUUUUGGGGAGGGUGGUCCUGUGUUUCAGGACCAGUUGGCAAGGUGAGGUUUGAGAUGCUUAUGAAGCUGGUAGCAAAAAAUGUACACAAAAAAGAAAAGAAAAAAAAACAAGUCUGCAGACUUUUUUUUUUAUUAUUAUCUGGCAGCAUGACAGGGUUUUACGGAUUUUUUUCCCUGCCACCUAAGGGGGAAAAACAGGAACUUCUAUGCAUCUUAUCCUCUUUUUAGACAAACUGCAGGGAGACGAAACUUGUGGACUGACUCGAAGCAAAUCUGUGAACUGUUCAGGAUGUUACUUUACAAUAGAGAGAGACAGAGAGAGAGGGAAAAAAACACGGUUUUCUGUAAUUUCUAAAUCAAAUGUUUCUGUUUUUUGUAACCGAUUCCGUUUACCUCCUCCUUGUUUGGAUAAAUUCGACAAACCUCAGCAGCGUACACACAACACGUGGAGGAAACAUUUUGAUACAUGACAGACCUCAUCUUUUUAAAAGAAAAAGUAAGAUAUUUUCAGGCAUAUUUUUGUACAGUCGAAAGGGAAUGUUCUUACUGUGCUUUCAGUGAGUUUCAGGCACUUCUUCCCUUUAUCCUUUUUUUUGUUUUGUUUGUUUUUACGCAUGCAAGGGAGUCCUGGUUUUAAGGAUUAAGUUAAAUUAAAACUUGCAUCAAAAAUGCCUUGUGAUUUUUCAACUAGGUCUUUUGUACAGUUGUAGAGCAGAUUUGUUGAGUAUUUGUAGACAAUACAAUGGCGUCAUGGGGGAUACACAUACCUCAGAGCUGGAACUAGUUUCAAGAUUGUAUAUGUACUGUAAUAUAGUAAAGUUAGGAGUUUAUGUAUAUCAUACUCGUGAUAUGUGGAUGGGUCCCGAUCGCAGGUGUGAAACUGGAUUUUUUGGUAUUUUUAUGGCACAUACUGUUUUUUCGCCCCUCUCAUUUUUUUGUGCAAUAUAAUACUCUUUAAGAAACAGACCAUCAGAAAAUUGUAGCAAGUGAUGGAAAAAAAACAAUUUUUUUUUUAACAGACUUGUGCACUGUCGACAUCGUCUCAUGUUAUGAUGCUGAAGCCUGUCCGGGCAGACAAAGAAUAAAAACAAAUCAGCUGGAACUGAUGCAAAACAAGUUCAUAUGGCCUGUGGUGUGAUGAAUACAAACACAUUUUGAAUGUUAUUGGAAAUAUUGUGGGGAAAACCAACCAGUUGAUAUGACGAUUACUUCUGCAAAAAGGGCACGGUGUGAUACAGUGGUGGUCAAAGCAAGAAAAAAAAAAAAAAGAAGUACAUUCCACACUCCUGUUUCAUUAAAUGAAACUUUAUUUUAAAACUGAAGACUGCCUUCUUUUUUAUCAUAAACCAUAAACCUGUAUUUUUUAUUUCUUGCACUUAAAAAAGCAGUUUAUUUUUUAUGUGAGCCUCACAUAUGAAGUCUGUUUGAUUAAAAAAAAAAGUUUUGGAAUACAACUUAAUUUUAUGCCGAGACUUUUUUUUUUCCUUGUUGGAAGUUCUGGACAGUAGUUACUUCACAUUCCAAGUGUGAACCUGUCAUCUUUUUUGAAUAAAUAACAACCUACCACCGGAGACUGUCCUUUCAGUUUGUGAAUAUAUGUACACAGUUGUGUUACUUGUUUUGAAAACGGAUGUGUUAACAGUAUGAUGCCUAGUUUGUAUUUAGGCAGACACUCUGAGAAAUGGAUGGGCUCAAACUAACAUGUGAAUUCACAUUUAAUAAUAAAAAAAAGAGAAAAAAAA